GUCGGGGACGGUGGAGCGGAGAGUGCUCGGUCCUGAGUGCUGAACCUCAGGACCCUGGGGUCUGUUCUCCCACGUGCAUCCGUCCUCGGAUUGGGGCGGGGUCACAAUCACCUAAAUUCUAGGAUCUCCUAGUUGUUUCCUCCGUUGUAAAAUGAGGGCAGGACUUCCUCCCUUGCCACCUCAGGUCGUAUUUUGAGUGUCACCGUGUCCCUAGAAGUGCCCGUCCUGGAGAGGCCCUCCUGGUGGCUGAGCCAACCUUUCCAUUUCUCGUAUAGGAAUAUGGAGAUUCAGAAAGGGGACUCAUUUGACCAGGGUCACCCAGUCAGUGCAGGCAAAGCCAGCUCAUAGAUUCCAUUGUUUCAUGCAGCAUGGCACUGCCUCCCAACCUUUUUCAAGUUCUGGUCCACAUAGGAAAUGAUAUUUGUGUACAAAUAUUUGUAUGAGGUGGAAACAACAGGAAUUGUGAGCGGGGACCUAGCUUUCCAGCAGUAAGAGGCAAGAGAAGUACUUUGAUCUGCUAGGGUAUCAGAAAUGAGAGGAUUUGCGUCUGCAAAACCAGUGGCUGUCACAGGCGGCUGUUGGAGACCAGACUGAGCCGGCCACUUCGUGGUGUAAGAACACAGUUAACCCUUAUUUCUGCCUGGCUCAUUUUUCUCCAGGCACAAGUACUUCCCUGUGCUGGAGUGUCAUGGAAGGGCUGCUGACAGGAUGCAGAGCACUGCCUACUCUGGCCAUCUGCAGCCACCAGCUCCCUGGGUACAUUCCUCACAGGUUUCACUACUGUGCCCCAGGGAAAGGGAAGCGCUUGGUGCUCUCUCGUAUGUUCCAGCCCCAGAACCUUCGGGAAGACCAGGUGCUCUCUCCUGAAGGUAAAUCUGGUAGUCUGACCUGUAAGAGCCAGCGGCUGAUGCUGCAGGUGGGUCUGAUCCACCAAGCAAGCCUGGGCUGUUACCACCUCCUGCCUUAUGCUGUCCGUGCCAUGGAGAAGCUCAUGCGAGUAAUAGACCAGGAGAUGCAGGCCAUUGGGGGGCAGAAGGUCAACAUGCCCAGCCUUUGCUCAGCAGACCUCUGGCGAGCCAGCAACCGGUGGGACUUGCUGGGCAAGGAGCUGCUGAGACUUCAAGACAGACACGGCAAGGAAUACUGCUUAGGACCAACUCACGAGGAAGCCAUUACAGCUUUGGUCGCCUCCCAGAAGAUACUGUCCUACAGGCAGCUUCCAUUCCUGCUGUACCAGGUGACAAGGAAGUUUCGGGAUGAGCCCAGGCCCCGCUUUGGUCUGCUCCGAGGCAGAGAGUUUUACAUGAAGGACAUGUACACCUUUGACUCUUCCCCAGAGACCGCCCGGCAAACCUACAACCUGGUGUGUGAUGCUUACAGCGGCCUGUUUGACAGGCUGGGGCUGCAGUGUGUCAAGGUCCAAGCAGAUGUGGGCAGCAUUGGGGGCACCAUGUCUCAUGAGUUCCAGCUACCAGUUGAUGUCGGAGAGGACAGGUUUGCACUCUGCCCCAGCUGUAGCUUCUCGGCCAAUGUGGAGACACUAGACUUGUCACAAACAAACUGCCCAGCUUGUCAGGGACCUCUGACUGAAACCAAAGGUAUUGAGGUGGGACACACAUUUUACCUGGGCACCAAGUACUCCUCCAUUUUCAAUGCCCAGUUUAUCAACGACCACGGCAAGCUAGCCCUGGCUGAAAUGGGCUGCUAUGGCUUGGGUGUGACACGGAUCUUGGCUGCUGCCAUUGAAGUUCUCUCUACAGAAGACUGCAUUCGCUGGCCUGGCCUCCUGGCCCCUUACCAAGCCUGCCUCAUCCCCCCAAAGAAGGGCAGUAGGGAGGAGGCGGCCGAGGAGCUCGUGGGGCACCUGUAUGACCACAUCGCAGAGGCGGUGCCACAGCUUCGUGGGGAGGUCCUGCUGGAUGACAGAACCCACCUGACCAUUGGACACAGACUGAAGGAUGCCAACAAGUUUGGCUACCCCUUUGUGAUCAUUGCUGGCAGGAAGGCCCUGGAGGACCCUGCACAUUUUGAGGUUUGGUGCCAGAACACUGGCGAGGUGGUCUUCCUCACCAGGGAAGGAGUCAUAGAAUUACUGAGCCAAGUGCGGGUGGUUUAAUGCCCCCCAGUGCACUCCUGCCCCAUCUCGCAGCCUCGCUGUUCACUCUAACUGCCUUCUCCUGCCCUCUUUUCUGGCGCUGGUCUCUCCAGAAACAGGGCAGCUCAUGGAAGGUGAGACCAUGUUAGAGAAACCAAUUUUUUUUUUUAAUGCUUAAUAUCUUUUAUUAAAAUUUUCUGAAAGUU